AUGGAUUGCAUCAUCUUUGAUGCCUUUUCAACGUACUUGCUCAUCCUGACCGAGAACAAAAACAACAAACCCAAUUCCUGGACCCCUCCCAACGUUCUCGUUGUGCCUGUCGACUCCAAAGAUGCGAAUCCGAACAGCUUCAGCCUAGACGCCAUGGGCCAAAUAGAGCACUACAAACGAAGGUGUCUCGUUGGCAUGAUCCAUAAGUUGAAUGAGAGAGACAAUGGAAAAUGCAUCUGGACGGCCUACAGAUUGACUCUCUGUGAUGACAAAGGCUUACUUUUCACAAUCAAGGCGACUCCUUCAACCACUAUCAGGCAAAUCGCUCCGUCUACUACUAAGCCCGCCGCGCCAGGCAACCAACCGAACUACGGCAUCGUUAAUGCUGCAAAUCACGUUGCUAGUCCCUUUGCUCAGCCUCAAGGAAAUCAACCCUAUGCCAAUGGAAGUGGGAACCAGCAGCAUAAUUUCGGUACAAACCAUGGCUUUGGAAGUUCAAACCCAGGCUUUGGAGGCGGCAAUGUACCGGCUUUUGGAAGUGGAAAUGUGGGCUUUGGAUCCGGAAAUCAAGGCUUCGGAGGCCCAAAUCAACAAGGCAAUGGUAAUGUUGGCUUUGGGAAUGGAGGCACUGCAGGAGGCGAAUUCGAAAAUCCGUUCGGUAGGUUCAUGAAUACGAAUGGCCUUGAGGGUAGUCUAUUUGCCCAACGUCCUAGCGGCCCCAACUAG